AUGAUGGUGCGCUGUACUUUCAAUUUCAUAAUCGUCGCCAUCUUCGUCACCAUCGCGUUUGUCUGCAAUGGACUUCCCUCAAUUGAGGAAGAUGAUGCCUAUGAAGACUCUCGUACUCACACAUUCAUUCCCUACAUCGCAACUUUUGAUACGCCUUCAAAAGAAGCAAUCAAGCAAAGAAGAAACAAAAUCAGCAUUGGGAUCAAACCUUUGUAUUCACAUUCCAGAAUGCCAAAAGAGUGGAUGAUAAUUGGUCGCUACUUAGGCUUGGCCUCUACUGAAAAGUCUAGAUUAAAAAGAAUUACAACACUCAGACAAGAAAUAGAGCAAUUGUGGAGCUUGUUGAAUUUUCCAAUACUAUGUUUGCAUUCAGUAGGCAGAAAAAUUGAAACUUUACUUAAAAAGUAUGAUACUCAUUUGAAAAAACCUGUUGGUGACAUGCGUGAGCAAUUUGAUAAGUUGUUUGAUGUCACAAACAAAACUAGUCAAUGGCUAUGUGCAGAAGACAAAAAAUUUUACCAAAUUCAAAUUCAGAGUAGAGGUAAGACAGGAUAUGCAACAACAAAAAAUGCCAGUCAGAAUACAAUUCACCCAUCAAAACGAAAAAUUGCUGGAAAAGUUAAUGAUAAACUAGAACAAAAAGACAGUUUUGAAAAAUGUUCUAAUGACUCAAGUGACAAAGAAGAUUCUCAAAGUAGUUCUGAUGACUCUGAAGCAACACAUGCGGUUUCAUUAGUACAAUCUGGGAAGCUGUCAGUUCGAAAAGCUACUACUAUUGCAUCUGCUAUUCAAAAAACGUUGGAUGAUUAUAAUCUAUGGGCAGCUAUAAAGAUGAUAGUGUCAGACACUACAAAUGUUAAUACUGGGUCAAAGUCUGGUGUUGUGGUGAGACUUCAGAAACUUUUUGUUCAACACGGUGAAUCUGCGCCAGUUUUUAUAGGUUGUCAGCACCACAUACUUGAUCGUGUUCUUAGACACGUGUGUGAUGCAUUGCUUGGCGAUUCAACUGAGUCUCCUAACAUGAAUUAUCCAUUUGUGAGUAAGAUACUUAAAGAUUAUGAAAUGUUAAAAAAAGAUUUUGAAAGUAAAGCAAAGAAAUGUACUCCAAAUCUAAAAGAACAGGAAGUAGGCUGGAGAGAUGAUAUGAAGUUUUUGCACCAUCUAAUUUGCGUUUUCAAGCAUUUUAAGAAUUUUUCAACAAAUGCCAAAAAUCUGGACUUGGUAUAUCCGGAAUUGUUGAAUGAUGCAGAAGCAAGCGGAGAUGGUGGCAGUGCUGAUAAUGAUGGCGGGAGUGGAGGCGUCACCAGAGUUAAAAAGCUGGAAGAGGACGACGACGACUACGCAGACUCUAGCUCAGGAGAUAAGAAGAAGAAGGAGCCGACGACACUAAUGAAGACGACGACGACUACAAAGCCACCGAAUGUUUACAGGUUUUUUGACUACGGUCCUUAUGCCGAUCUCGAGAGAAGGAAACCUGAUUUUCAAUGUUUAGGCAAGGCGGACUUAGUGUUCCUAGUCGACACGUCAGAUAGCAUAAGUUACAGAGAUUUCUACAAUAUCGUAACGUUUAUCCAGUACAUCUCACAUCAGCUCGAGUUGAAGAAUGAUUCGUUUAGGAUAGCAGCAGUUGCAUUCAGCGAUGCAGCCUACACGCAUUUCGACUUGCACUACAAGGCUCACUUCAACGCUUCAAACUGGAUUGCAAGCUUACAACACUACAAAGGCGGUACAAACAUAUACGCUGGCCUCCAUGAGGUCAGAACUAAUGUCUUGGACUCUCCCUACAACAGACCAAACGUCCCAGACAUCGUACUUCUCAUCACGGAUGGCCUCUCGAACAGGUUCUUCCUGAUGAAUUUGUUCAUCUUGUUGAAAGUUCAUCUUGUACAAUGUUUCCAUCCCAUCGAAGUUUAA